AUGCCAGUGAGGGAUCCUAGACUUAGAAUUGGAGGGAAGGUGACGGCAAAGGCUUGUCAUGUUGUGCAUCUGAGCGAGUGCGCACGGAGAUAUGGCGUCAACAAGCACUCCAAGCGGCUUGUUGGAACGGUUCUAGACGUCACGACCACCCCUGUAUCCAUUACAACCGGGCGUACCUCUACUUUGAUAACAGCAGUUUAUGAUUUUGGAGAGAGUUUGUUCAAGGAAAAAACACUGAACAUUCGGAGUGUAAAGGCAUUUGUACCGCCAGAAGAUGAAGGAAUGUCCUUAAUUGAGGAAUUAGCAGCAGAGGCUUUGCAGGCAGCAGAAGCAGACAUGGAAGGCGGAAACUUGAUGGAAGAAAGUGUCGAAGCCCCGGUAGCCAAAAUGGUUGAAACCCCGGCUGACAUAGAGCCCGAUACCUUGGUCGACACAGAGCCCAAUACCCCGGUUGACACAGAGCCCAAUAGCCCGGUAGCCGAAAUUGUCGAGACCCCGGUUGACACUGAUACCUCGGUUGACACAGAGUCCGAAAACCCGGUAGCCACAGUGCACCAAACAGAGUGCUUGCACAGCGAAACAAGAAUCCAAUCACAACCGGAGAACUUCUUCGGUUCUUUGGAAUGCUCAUACUCACUACAAAGUUUGAGUUCAGUAGCCGGGCCCAACUAUGGUCCACCACUGCACCCUCCAAGUACAUUCCUGCCCCUUCAUUUGGACGCACAGGAAUGUCCCGGCAACGGUUUGACGAUAUCUGGAAAUAUAUCCAUUGGAGUGAACAAUGUCCAGUCUGACCCGAUGCAUCGUAGCAAAAACUUUGUACCUUCCCAUCUGAUUUGCGUGGAUGAAUCUAUCUCAAGAUGGUAUGGGCAGGGUGGGGAUUGGAUAAACCAUGGUCUACCAAAUUAUAUUGCAAUUGAUCGAAAGCCUGAGAAUGGGUGCGAGAUUCAAAACGCAGCGUGUGGACAAUCCGGUAUUAUGCUUCGAUUGAAACUUGUAAAGGGAAAGACGAUAACUGACGACGAAGAGGGUGACGAGGAGGAUGAGUAUCUACCGCAUGGUGCAAAGAUUAUCAAAGAACUUGUUCGUCCUUGGUGGGGGAGUGAUCGGAUUGUGUGUGCUGAUUCUUAUUUUGCCUCCGUUGUGACAGCUGUCGAGCUUAAGAGGAUUGGCUUGAGAUUCAUUGGGGUUGUGAAGUCGGCAACGAGAAGAUAUCCAAUGGCCUACCUUUCACAGUUGGAAAUGACAAGUAGAGGAGAAUGGAAAGGAUUGGUGACAGACGGAAUCUCGGAUGGAAGUUGUGACCUGAUGGCUUUUGUAUGGGUGGACCGAGACCGUCGAUAUUUUAUAUCAACAGCAUCCAAUCUGAAUAGAGGCUGGAAUCCAGUUCGCUACCGGUGGAGACAGGUGGAUACAUCACCUGAUGCAGACCCUGAGAGGGUGGAGAUCAAUAUUGCGCAACCAGUUGCAGCAGAAGUGUAUUAUUCUUGUUGUGCAAUGAUUGACAGACAUAACCGGAGUCGGCAGGAUACACUGAUGCUUGAAAGAAAACUUGGCACAUGGGAUUGGUUGACACGAGUCAACUUAUCAAUUUUUGGUAUCAUUGUUGUGGACACAUGGUUAGCCUACAGCCAAUGUACAGGAAUAGGAAAGUCUGCUGGACGAGAAGAAAAGCAGAAGGAUUUCUACAGUGCCUUAGCCGAGGAGCUGGUGGACAACCAGUACGAUAGUGUUGGAAGUCGCAAAGUUGGGGGGGAUGAGUUGGACAAGGAUAGCCCAACCAUCUCCAGAACUGGAGAGCCGCGAUGUGGUCUCUCCGCACAUCUAACACCCACCAAAAGAAAAAGAAAGAACAAAGAUGGUACUAUUAAAAACCAAAGACAGCAGGGAAGGUGUUUGGUGUGUUCCAAGAAGACCACAUAUGUUUGCUCUGUAUGCAAAGAUGUUGAGACAAUUGAAAGCAAAGAACCUUGGAUUUGCUACACAACGGGAGGGCAGCUAUGCUUUGCCCAGCACUUGACUACCUUGCAUGGUAGUUAA